CGUGUCAAAGUGACGCAACAAAGUGGGCGGAGCUAUCGAUUGUCGGCUUAGUGUGUCAGUGGUAAUAUAAAUACCGGUGUAACGGCGAUGUGUUUAUGGAAGUAAAGACAUAUAGCAAAACGGGUGAGUAACUGCGCAUUGAAGUUUCGUUUCGCAAAUACGAGGAUCAUUUUAAUGGAGAAUGAGUGCCAGUGUCUACGAUCUAGUGUUUGAUGUCUUACGCAGUUUCCCAUCCGCCAUUGAUGAACUGGUAGGGUCAAAUACCGAAAAUGAGUCACUGCUUCACGAAAACGUUACGAUCGGGGGCGCCGUUGCACCGGGCAAAGAAUUUCGCAUAUUACAGCCGCUAUGGGAUCUGCGGUUGGGGAGGGAAGCGUUUGUAGCGUCGCCUUUGUUUCCAGUCGUCUUAUCGGUGACAUUUUAUUUCACCCUAUGCUCUCCUUUCAUGGCAGCUGAUCUAUGGGGAAAAAAGUGGAAGUGGCUUCAAACCUUCAAGAUCCAGCCCGAUUUCGACGUCACGUACGAUCACCUCUGGGACACGCUCCUUAUCACGUUCUGGAACCAUAUCCUGUAUAUUCUGCCAGCUGCGUGUGCUCAGUGGGUAUGGACGCCGGACACAAUACUUCCUCCGGUAGCCCCCACAUUGUUCGAAUUCGUUUGGCACCAAUUUGCAGGUCUCAUCAUAUUCGACGUUCAGUACUACGUCUGGCACCGGACACACCACAAAAUAAGGUUCUUGUACAAGCACGUACACGCUCUGCACCACCGCUACGCCGCGCCUUUCUGUUGGGUCACGCAGUACCUCCAUCCGUGGGAGCUCAUUACGGUUGGUUUCCUGACCACCACCAACACGUGGUUUUUCAACUGCCACCCUUUGACCACGUGGAGUUACAUGAUCCUCUCCAUCAUCGUGAGCGUCGAGGCGCAUAUCGGCUACGACUUCCCGUUCACGCUCAAUCAUUUGUCGUUCGGAUGGUUGGGAGGGGCCCCAAAACACGACAUGCAUCACCUGAAGCCACAGACCAACUUUGAACCGUUCUUCAACCACUUGGAUAGGCUGUGUGGCACCUUCUGUCCAGUCAUGAGCGCCGGGGGCGUCAGGCCGAACGAUCUGCUUGAGUACGAGAGGCGGCAAAAGGAAACCAAGAAGAUCAGAUAGUUUGUAGUUCAAUAUGAAGGUUUGACUGAGAGGAAGGAAAAUCAGUUUUAAAACCAAGUGUCCGCUGUGAUAAGAAUUACCAUGAUAUUAGCAUAACAAUAAGUAAAUUGCACCAUAAGCUUACAUGCAACAGUUAUAUACUGCUAAUUAAUGUAUAAAUGCCAAAGCAACCUUUAUAUAUGUAAUUUGUCAUAUAGGUCAGUUAACGAAAAUGCAGGUUUUUAAAGCGGGUAUAUACGAUUUUGUCAAAUAUUUAUGAAUUUAUAUAAACUGUGUAAAAAACUUAUUAUAUAUAUAUUUCAAUAUAAAUUAAAAUAAAAGUUAAGAAGAACAUGUGUCGAAAAAUGCGAAAUAAGCCAGAUAUUUAAUUCUGAAAUUGAAAACGGCUGUACAGCCGAAUUCGCCAGCAUGUAUACCAUACAUGUACGAUGUGCAUCUAAACUUAGUUUAACGGUUUAUUUGAAUUCCUGCAACGAUAUCUAUUCAUACGACACACGAACACUAUCUCCGAUCCUAAUACAAAGACGAAUGCUUCUGUUAUUGUAGGAAAAUAUGUACGUCACCAUCGGCUCGGGGCGCUAAUUUGUCUUUGCUGCAUUUUAUGAAAUUCGGCUUUAAUGUAUAAUUUUUCUUGCCUAUUUUGUAUUAUUUUGACAUAUUUUAUCAAUAUAUUACAAUUAAACACAUAUAAAAAAUCGUAUAUACCCGCUGUAUAAAAACUGUACAUAAAUCUAAUUUCAGAUUUAUUGAUACAAGUAUUGUUAAUCUAGUCUCAAUUAUUUCUUUUUUUUUUCAAUUAAGCUAUGUUAGUUUGGCUAACAAUUUUAAGAAUUACGUUGAUAUUUGCAUGGCAAUAUGAACAUGACACCCUUAAUUGGCAUGCAAUAGUUAUAAACUGCUCAUCAAUAAAUAAAUGACGUUCGCGCUUCAUGAAUACACGGCUCUCACGUUAACAGCAUGUUUCGGAUUCAGAACAAAUCUUUUCGUGCAGUAAUGUGCGAUGUUGUUUUAUUGCAUUCUAAUGUAAAAUUUCGAGGAUUUAAAAUACUUCAUGCUCAAAGUCCAAUAUGCGCCUUUUACUGUUUUGUUAAUACUGUAAUGUGUACCUUUGCGACUUUUAAAACGCUCUACUAACAGUGUAUACAUACCGCAUGAAACAACUCAUAUUACCAGGUGAUUGUCAGAACAAAGCUUUGGUUUAUCGAAUGUGCACUCAUAUUGGGACGACAUGUACAACGUCAAUAUUUAAUCUUUGUAUUGAAGUCGAGAGAGAGCCGAUUAGCCAUGAAUAGAGUUUCUUACAUGUGGAAUAGCAGAAUUGUACUUGUUUUUAAAUGUCCAAAAAUAAUGUGAUUGCUUAAUCUAAGAUACAUUUAUUAUCAUGCUUACUUCUGUCGUCAUCGAACAUGUAUAUAACACGCAUUUGCCUUAUGUUUUGUUAAAAAAUAAUCACAUUUACGAAAUUAUGUAUUGAAGCGUACUUAUAUUUAUAUAUAAUCAAUUAACUAAUGUUGGUCUCAGCUCUAAGCUAAUAUUACAUACUGCCAUCAAAGCACCAGCAUAUUGAUGUAUGUUAUAAUAUUUAUUUAUGUAUUUAUUAAUGUAUUAAGGUGUUACAUGUCAAACCUGGUUUUAAAAUUGAUUUUGUUUCAUAUGUCUGAUGUAACAUUAUCGUGUGUAUGACGCGAGAUCUCGUAAUCCCUUCCAGAUCUUGCCGAGAGCACGAUAGAAUUUGCGCCAGUAGGAAUUUAGUUUGAUUAAGAAUAUGACAAGCAUGCCCCCGUGCACAUAUGACGCGUUAUUUAUUUUUAUAUAAAUAAUGUCGACUUGCACUUGAGGGCGCUUAUUUUUAUUCGAUUAAUUCGUUUAAAAAAAUGUUUUUAGUUGUGUUGUUGUUGUUAUUUUUUGUAAAUUUUUUAGGACAACAAUCUGCGAUUAAAGUUCUGUACAAAAUCUUUUUUCAGCUUACAAAAUGACAGCCUAUUGGUCCUUUUUGCAAUAUUAACUUGUUUUUUUUACCAUUAAAUGUAAAAAGAUACACGAGAUAGACAGCAAUUUAAUGAACUUGUAUGUAAUAAUGGAAUUUCGUUAAUUUCAAUACUGUACCCGAGAUUUUAAAUACUUUUAAUUACAACAAUUAUUUGUGUACACUCUUAUUUAUUUCACAGUGUAAUAUUUUGAUGCUGUGUUUAUUUCUUUUUCCGUGUCUUAAAAGAUCAAUAUCU